GUGUUGAAAUGGGAAUCUCUGCACAAAAAUGAAUGUGGGAAUCCUAGACUGAAACGGUUUGGUGGAAAGGCUUCAGAUUAUUCUCCAAGAGCCCGUAUCAGGAGCUGGAUGGGAGUAUGAAUGCCUUUUGAUCGACAUGAUUGGAUUGUAGAUCGAUGUGGUAAGGAUAUACGAUAUGUCAUUGACUACUAUGAUGGUGGAGAGGUUAAUCGUAAGGACUACAGAUUUGCUAUCUUAGAUGUUCGACCAGCUGCAGACUCAUUUGAAAAUAUCUGGGAUAGGAUGGUAGUUGCAUGGUGGCGCUGGACAAGGGGGUAACAAUUAAUAAUUUACCAUAUUUAUUUUAAAGCCUUAAAUAACUGUUGAUGGUUGUAACAUGUAAAUAUUUUGUUUAUUUCAUUAGCAUUUGUAUGAUUGGACUGUUGUCAUAUACAUGAUUGGGCUGAGUUGGUAGUUACAGUAGUUUUUCUCCUAAAUAUUCACAUACAAUAAGAUCACAAGAAACAAGUGAUGCACUAUCUUAAUUUAGCCACAGAAUAGCAGUUAAAUUCUAAGUGCAUUUGUGAACCUGCAAUCACUUUCUCAAGCCUCCUUAAGACUGUGAUUGAGAGAUAAUGAAAGUACUUAAAAUUUAAUUAUCAUUCACUGUGGUUAAAUUUCAAAUACUUUAUGUACAUAAAUAAUAUAUUUUCUUGAGUUUAUGAGAAGAAACAAUGUUUAUAAAUUGAAUAUAUUCUAUUUAUAAACAUUGUUUAUAAAUUAAAAAUAAGAAAUUACUGAUGUUUUUAUUAAUUACCAUUGGAAAGUUAGCAGUGUAGGAAAAUGGAAGAGUAUAACAAGUCUCAUAUGAAUAGAUGCUCCAAUUAGGUUUGAUGUUGUAGAUGACUAUGUUUAAAGUUAAGAUUAAAAGAAACUUGACA